AUGCAUGUAAAACAGCACGAGCUAGCUCUUAUAAGCUGGGCUGAGCGGGUGCAGCAACAGACCACUCCAAGCAGCAGCAGCAGCAGCAGCAGCAGCAGCAGCAGCAGCAGCAGCAGCUGUGCGUACCCCCCCAGCUUGAGUACUUGGGCUUAUGUCUUACCAUCUGCUGCUGCUGCUGCUGCUGGGGGCCCUUGGAACUUGACCAUGCAGCAGCAGCAGCAGCAGCAGCAGCAGCAGCAGCAGCAGCAGCAGCAGCAGCAGCAACGGAAGAGGGUCAAGCGGCGACACCUACCAGCAGAACAGGUGCGUCGUCAGGAGCUGCUGCUGUGGCAGCAGCAGCAGCAGCAGCUGCUGCGUACUUGGGCUUAUGUCUUGCCGUCUGCUGCUGCUGCUGCUGCUGCUGCUGGGGGCCCGUGGAACUUGACCAUGCAGCAGCAGCAGCAGCAGCAGCAGCAGCAGCAACGGAAGAGGGUCAAGCGGCGACACCUACCCGCAGAACAGGUGCGUCGUCAGGAGCUGCUGCUGUGGCAGCAGCAGCAGCAGCAGCAGCUGCGCAAACAGCUGCGAGUAGCAGCACCAACCCGCAGAAGCAGCAGCAGCCGCAGGAGCAGCAACAGCAGCAGCAGCAGCAGCAAGUCCUUCGAGGCAAUGGCGCUGCAGCUGCUGCAGGGUGGAGAAACGCGGAGGGCCCGCCGGCAGCAGCUGCAGCAGCAGCAGAUGCUGCAGCAGCAAACGCAGCAGCAAACGGAGCAGCAACUGCAGCAGAUGCUGCAGCAGGAGCUGCAGCAGCAGCACGCUUUCAUGACAGGUGAACCACACACGCAUCGUCAGCAGCAGCAGCAGCAGCAGCAGCAGCGGCAGCAGCAGCAGCAGCAGCAGCAUGGGAAACAAAGAAAGGAACAGCCGCAGCAGCAGCAGCAGAAGCAGCAGCAGCAGAAGCAGCAGCAGCAGCAGCAAAACACUUCCUCAGGUAAACGCAGCUGCAGCUAUGGCAGCAAAGCCAUUCGCAGCAGCACGAAAAAGCAGCAGCAGCUCGACGACCAAACAACAGCUGCUGCUGCUGCUGCUGCAGCUGCUGCUGAUGCUGCUGCUGCUGUGGCUGCUGCAACAGCAGCAGGAAAACAGCUGCAAGUACUCGUCCCCGGGAUCCUCUCCAUCCCCCAGCAGCAGCAGCAGCAGCAGCAGCAGCAGCACCUGCAGCAGCAGCAGCAGCAGCAGCAGCAGCAGCAGGAGCAGCAGCAGCAGCAGAAGCAGCAGCAGCAGCAGCAGCAGCAGCAGCAGGUGCGGAUAGAUGGGGUGGUGGAUUUGAAUACGUUGCCUUACAUCUCGCCAGAGGCAUUCGGGCUCACACAGCAGCAGCAGCAGCAGCAGCAGCAGCAACAGCAGCAGCAGCAAGAGCAGCAGGAGCAGGAGAAGCAAGAGGAGCAGCAGCAGCAGCAGCAGCAGAAUGAGCAGCAGCAGCAGCAGCAAGAACUGCAACAGGAGCAGCAGGCUACCGAGUCUAGAACAGGGGAUGGCCCUGACGCUGCAGGCAUUCACAGCAGCAGCAGCAGCAGCAGCAGCAGCAGCAAGAGCAGCAGCAGCAGAGCAGCAGAUUCUAUGCUGCUGCUGUAUCCCCCCCUGCGGAGGUCUCUGCAGCGCAGCGGCAUCGUUUGUCUCUCGCCGCUGCAGCAGCGUGCUCUCCUGUGGCAGCAGCAGCUGCAGCAGCAGCAGCAGCAGCAGCAGCAGCAGCAGCAGCAGCAACAGCAGCAGCAGCAGCGGCAGCAGCGUUGCAGCAGCACAGAUGACGUGCUGCUGCUGCCGGGCCCCACUGGCAGCGCUCCAGCUGCUGCUACUGGAUCUACUGCAGCAGCAGCAGCAACGCCAGCAGCAGCAGCAGCAGCAGCAGCAGGUUGCUGCUGCGCUGCAGCAGUCAGACCCGCGCUGCUGAUCGGGGGGGCGAACCCGCAGCAGCUGCUGCUGCGGCUGCGGCAGCAAAAAGCAAAUAUCCUGAUAGCCACUCCAGGGCGUUUGCUGCAGCUGCUGCGGCUCAAGUCUGCUCAGCAGCAGCAGCAGCAGCAGCAGCAGCAGCAGCAGCAGAAACAGCAGCAGCAGCAGCAGCGGAAACGGCCGAAGGGCAUCGGCGCGCUGCAGCUGCAUCGCCUGCAGUUUGUUGUCGUUGAUGAAGCAGAUGCAUUCUGUCGCAGCAGCAGCAGCAGCAGCAGCAGCAGCAGCAGCAGCAACAGCAGCAGCAGCAGGAGCAACAGCAAGAGCAGCAGCAAGAGCACAAGGGCAUCGGCGCGCUGCAGCUGCAUCGCCUGCAGUUUGUUGUCGUUGAUGAAGCAGAUGCAUUCUGCCGCAGCAGCAGCAGCAGCAGCAGCAGCAGCAGCAGCAGCAGCAGCAGCAAGAGCAGCAGCAAGAGCAUCAGCAAAAGCAGCAGCAGCAGCAGCAGCAGCAGCAGCAAAGACCGUUUCAAGGAUCUGA